UCUGCUCCUCUUUAUAACGGCAGUCCAACAUCAUGGCUCGAGAGCUGAAUCCAGCCAUGGCAACAAGUUUCAACACUCCGGUAUGAAGGAGCAAAACGGGGUUCAGGACUCCCAGCAUGAGAAGGUCCUCACAGUGGCAGGAGAUGGAACAGUCCACAGCCCCAACUUUCCCCGCACCUACCCCCGCAACAUGGUGCUCGUCUGGAGGCUGGUGGCUGCCAACGAGAACGCGCGGAUACAGUUAACCUUUGACGAAAGAUUUGGGCUGGAGGACCCAGAAGACGGUAUAUGCAAGUAUGACUUUGUAGAGAUCGAGGAGCCCUCUGACGGCGCCAUACUAGGCCGGUGGUGCGGGUCACAGGCAGCGCCAGGAACCCAGGUGUCCAAGGGGAGCCAGAUUAGGAUACGCUUCACAUCGGACGAAUACUUCCCAGCGGAACCAGGCUUCUGCAUUCGGUACUCCCUGCUCCCAGUGAAAGUUCCUGAACCUGAAAUACCAGCGGUUGUGCCGCCGUCUCUACAAAGUGCGGACAUGUUGAGUGAGGCUGUAUCCGGCUUUAGCACCGUGGAGGAGGUUAUGAAAUACUUGGAACCCGACCGCUGGAAGCUGGACAUGGAGGACUUGUACAAGCCAACAUGGCAUGUGCUGGGAAAGUCCUUCAUCCAUUCCAAGAAAUCUAGAGGAGGGACGGAUCUGAACCUGCUGAAAGAGGAGGUGAGACUGUACAGCUGCACGCCGCGCAACUUCUCCGUCUCCCUCCGAGAGGAGCUCAAGCGCACGGACUCCAUCUUCUGGCCCACCUGCCUCCUGGUCAAGCGGUGCGGAGGGAACUGCGGCUGCUGCCACCGCUGCUACAACUGCCAGUGCACGCCCACCAAAGUGGCCAAAAAAUACCACGAGGUCCUCCUGCUAAGAUACAGUCGUGCAGGACGAGGGCUGCAGAAAUCCCUGACAGAUGUGGCCCUGGAACACCACGAGGAAUGCGGCUGCGUGUGCAAAGACGAUUCCGACGGAUAAAAACGAGCACGCCAGCGCGCUCACCUCAAAGGGCACUUACACACAGAGAUAUGAUAGCAACGACCGGCUUUCGG